AUGUAUGACAGCUAAAUAAAAAAAUAUUUAUAUAUAUGUUUAUAUUAAUGUUAUACAUUUAGUUUUCUUAGUAUAUUUUUAAUUUAUUAAUCUAAAAUUAUAUUCAAACAUUUACGCAUUAAGAAAAAUAAAAUAUUUGUUAAAGGACAAUAUUUCAUACUUUAAUUUAAAAAGAAUUAAGGUUUUUAUGUAACUAUUUACUUUUUAAUUAAUUAAAAAAAAAAUUGUGGCAUUUUUAUUAAAUUAUAAAAAAUCAUGGAUAGAAAUUUUAUUAUUUAUCGGCUAAAAAGAAAAUGCAGAUUUUUGAAUAGCUAUAAAAGAAUGUCCUCGUGGCCCUUGAAUUAAUCAUGUAUCUUAAUGAGCAAAAUAUAAGUUUUUAACCUUGUAAUAAGAUUAUAAAAAUUUAAAUAAUUAAUAUACUAAAUUAAUUUUUACUAGUAACCAAAUUAUUAUUUUAUUUAUACAUUUAAAUAAAUUAAAUAAACUUAAGAUAAUUGUUAAACAUUUGUUGAGAUUUCGAACUCCAGUUUCUGCAAUUACCCCAAAAAAUAAAAUCGGUUAUAUCUUAUUAAGAAAACAUGUUUGGUAAUAAUUUAUGAUAGUCUGGGUACUUUAUUUUUUAAUUUUAUUGGGACACCUAACGUAUAUAAAGGCUUAAAAAGAAGUAUAAUCAAUUAAAAAAUAGUUAACCGAUUUGGAUAAAUAAUACAUACAGUGGACAGUUUUAAGGAGCAAAGUAAUAUUAUUUACCUAAGUGAAACGAUAUGUUAUCACAUUUUCAUACUUAAUUGUAACAUAACAACUAUAUCCCCUAAAAUUUAGUUCUCCUAAGUUAGCUAAUUGUCUUAUAUGUUAUUUGAAUAAGAUCUUUUAUAAUUGCAAUUAUUUAAUUCUUUAAUCGCGUUGUAAAUUUCUCGCAAGACUGAUGGAUUGGUUAUUGGAUUACUUAUUUAGAGUCUUAAGUAUACAAUGGACUAUGUGUUUAUAUAACACUUUAUUAAUAUUUUAAAACUAAUUGAGACCUUUACAGUUUGUUAUUUAUAUUUUUUUUAUAUAUCCAUACAAUCUCGGUAAUAUCGAUUAAUAAUACAUUAGUAUAAGUAUUCUACGUAGAAUAUUAAUCUACUCGUACACGAUAUCAAAACGUUAGAUAACAGUAUAUAUUUUAAGGUUAUUGUACAAUCAUUCGAUAAAGCAAGUACGACCAACGUCUGGUUAAAUAAUUUUGUAAUAAAUUUUAGUACUUUAUCCACUAAAAGUUUUAGAUUAUUGAAGAAUUCCUGACCAUUUCUUAUACGGGAAGGUUUUAGAUUAAAUAAUUGAGAUAUGCCUCCAAAAAAGGUACAGGGAACUAGCAAAAAAGCUGAUCAAAAAAAAAAAGAAAAAGUUAUUGAGGAUAAAACAUUCGGUUUAAAAAAUAAAAAAGGGGCUAAACAACAAAGGUUUAUUCAACAAGUUGAAAAGCAGGUUAAGUCUGGAGGUAUACCAGCACGUAAAGUAGAAGAGAAGAAAAAAGAUGACAAAAACAAAGAUGAUUUAGGAUUAAUAUUUAAACCAGUUCAAAAAGUUGAAAAAGGUGCUGAUCCAAAAUCUAUUUUAUGUGCAUUUUAUAAACAGGGCCAAUGUGCCAAAGGUUCUAAAUGUAAAUUUUCCCAUGAUUUGGCUACUGAAAAAAAAGCCGAAAAACGUAGCAUGUAUGUAGACAUGAGAGAUGCAGAUGUGAAUGACACCAUGGAUAAUUGGGAUGAUGAAAAACUUAAAGAAGUUGUUCAAAAAAAACAUGGUGAAAAUGAAAAGAAACACCCAACUACUGAUAUUAUUUGUACAUUUUUCUUGGAAGCUGUUGAAAAAAGCAAGUAUGGAUGGUUUUGGACAUGUCCAAAUGGAACAUCUUGUAUUUACCGACAUGCUCUACCACCAGGUUUUGUCCUUAAAAAGGACAGGAAGAAAGAUGAUAAAAAAGAUGAAAUUCAACUAGAAGAUUUAAUUGAAAGAGAACGUGCAGCCCUGAAUUCUGUUAAAUUUACUAGGGUAACAUUAGAAAGUUUUUUAGCUUGGAAAAAACGGAAAGUAAAGGAAAAGAAAGAAGCUAUUAUCAAGGAUGAAGAAAAAAAACGUUCUGAUUAUAAAGCUGGAAGACAAGUUGGACUUUCUGGGCGAGAAAUGUUUUCAUUUAAUCCUGAAAUGGCAGUUGGUGAUUCAAUAGAUGAUGGCGAAGAAGCAUUUGAUUCAUACUUACGAGAAGAUGAAGAAGAAACUGAUAAUAUACGAGAAAUAAAAUUAGAAGCUCUUGAAUCAGAAGCAAGUGAGGUGGAUGAUACUGGUACACGACUACCAGUUAACCGAUUUGCUGAAACAGAGUCAAAUGUGAUUCCUAUAAACGAAAAUCUUUUUAUUGAUGAAGACUUAGAUGACCUAGAUAAUGAGCUUGAUGAGCUAAAUUUAGCAGAAGAAACAUAAUUUAAGAUUCAAAUACAUUUUGAUUUAUUAAUAAAAUAUAAUGUUUAA